AUGACGUGCUUGAAGCUCCUGAGAAUAAGCCUGGUGAUCUUGGCGGGGUGGGCGUGUGGCGCUGCCAGCUCUGAGCCGGGCUGGACACGCAAGAAAUCCUUGGCUCAGCGGGGACACCUGAAUCAGGUGCUGCUGGAAGGAGAACACUGUUGGCUGGGGGCUAAGCCUCGAAGACCGAGAGCUGCUCCCCAGCAUCACCUCUUUGGGGUGUACCCCAGCAGGCCUGGGGAGUACCUGAGGCCCUACUCUGUGGGCGAGCAGGGAAUCCGUCCUGCAGGACGCAGUCAGACAGAUCCCGGGGGAAAGGCUGUGAGCCUCGUUCCCCAAGACUUGAUGGAAAGUACAGCAGGAGCGAGGAGUGAGGCUGAGCCGCCAGCAGCCCCGUGGGUAGGGGAUGGUCCUAUUGGGCAAUCUGAGCUGCUGGGAGAUGAUGACACUUAUGUUGGCAACCAAAGAUCCAAGGACUCUCUAGGUGAGACUGGGACUUGGAAAAGCACAGCCACUGUCACCACCACCUUCGCAAGCCUGAAGGAACCCAAACCAGAGACCCAAAGGAAGGGCCGGGCCAAGUCUGGACGUGGUCGCCCAGUGGUGAAGAGGCAGGCAGAAGACGUGUCGGGAGACACCAAUGACUCUCCUCCGCAUUUCCAACCGCGGCCCAAGCGUCCCCUUACGCAAAGGGUCAGAAACAGCCCACUGGAGGACAGCAUCCAAAAUGGUGGAGGGGACCCCUCUUGGGACGCAGGGACCUUUAACUCCCAAGGAGGACUGCCUGUCUUGUACUUCUCUGGGAGGCGGGAGCGGCUGCUGCUGCGUCCAGAAGUGCUGGCUGAGAUUCCCCGGGAGGCGUUCACAGUGGAAGCCUGGGUCAAACCGGAGGGAGGACAGAACAACCCAGCCAUCAUCGCAGGUGUGUUUGACAACUGCUCCCACGCCGUCAGUGACAAGGGCUGGGCCCUGGGGAUCCGCUCGGGGACGGAUAAGGGAAGGCGAGAUGCUCGAUUCUUCUUCUCCCUGCGCACCGACCGCGUGAAGACAGCCACCGUCGUGGUUAGCCACAGGCGCUACCAACCGGGCAGGUGGACACACCUGGCGGCCACGUACGACGGACGGCGCAUGACCUUGUACGUGGACGGCACCCGGGUGGCAAGGAGUCCAGACCAGUCCGGGCCCCUGCACAGCCCCUUCAUGGCCUCUUGCCGCUCUCUGCUGCUGGGCGGGGACAGCUCCGAGCACGGGCACCGUUUCCGCGGGCACGUGGGCACGCUGGCCUUCUGGUCCAGCGCCCUGGCCCAGAGCCACCUGCAGCACGGCCCUCAGCAUCCGAGCGGGGCGGAGCCGUGGGCCACCUUGAUCCUCACGGCCAGUUUCGAGCCCCUGAGGGAACAGUGGGCCCCCUUCAGGGAGGAGAGGUACCCGUGGCUCGAGGUUCUCCAGGGCUCCGGGCCCGAGCCCGAGAUCCUGUCGCCUCUGCAGCCGCCGCCCUGCGGGCAGACGGCCUGCGAUAACGUGGAGCUGAUCUCCCAGUACAACGGACACUGGCCCCUCCGGGGGGAGAAGGUGAUUCGCUACCAGGUGGUGAACCUCUGCGACGACGAGGGCCUGAACCCCAUGGUGAGCGAGGAGCAGAUUCGCCGGCAGCACGCGGCGCUGAACGAGGCCUUCGGCCGCUACAACAUCAGCUGGCGGCUGAGCGUGCGCCGCGUGCACAACGCCACCCUGCGCCACCGCGCCGUGCUGGUGAACUGCGAGCCCAGCAAGGUGGGCAACGACCACUGCGACCCCGAGUGCGAGCACCCGCUCACGGGCUACGACGGCGGCGACUGCCGGCUGCAGGGCCGCUGCUACUCCUGGAACCGCAGGGACGGGCUCUGCCACGCCGAGUGCAACAACAUGCUGAACGACUUCGACGACGGGGACUGCUGCGACCCCGAGGUGGCCGACGUGCGCAAGACCUGCUUCGACCCUGACUCCCCCCAGAGGGCCUACAUGAGUGUGAAGGAGCUGAAGGAGGCCCUGCAGCUGAACAGCACGCACUUCCUCAAUGUCUACUUCGCCAGCUCCGUGCGGGAGGACCUUGCAGGUGCAGCCACCUGGCCUUGGGACAAGGAGGCCAUCAGUCACCUGGGUGGCGUCGUCCUCAACCCAGCCUACUACGGGAUGCCCGGCCACACCAACAUCAUGAUCCACGAGGUGGGGCACGUCCUGGGACUCUACCACGUCUUCAAAGGGGUCAGUGAAAGAGAAUCCUGUGACGACCCCUGCCGGGAGACGGUGCCCUCCAUGGAGACGGGAGACCUCUGUGCCGACACUGCCCCCACUCCCAAGAGUAAGCUGUGCCGGGACCCAGAGCCCACCAACGACACCUGUGGCUUCACGCACUUCCCAGGGGCUCCGUUCAGCAACUACAUGAGCUACACAGACGAUGACUGCACCGACAGCUUCACCCCUAACCAAGUGGCCCGAAUGCACUGCUAUUUGGACCUCGUCUAUCAGCAGUGGAGCGAAAGCAGGAGGCCCACCCCCAUCCCCAUCCCGCCCAUGGUCAUCGGGCAGACCCGCAGGUCCCUCACCAUCCACUGGCUGCCCCCCAUCAGUGGGGUGGUGUACGACAGGGCCCUGGACAGUGUGUGCGGCGCCUGCACCGAGGAUGGGAUGUUUCGCCAGUAUGUGCACACAGCUUCCUCCCGGCGGGUGUGCGACUCCUCGGGCUACUGGACCCCGGAGGAGGCCGUGGGGCCUCCUGACGUGGAUCAGCCCUGCGAGCCGAGCUUGCAGGCCUGGAGUCCCGAGCUCCACCUGUACCACAUGAACAUGACGGUCCCCUGCCCCACAGAAGGCUGUAGCCUGGAGCUGCUCUUCCAACACCCGGUCCAAGCCGACACCCUCACCUUGUGGGUCACUUACCUCUCCAUGGACUCCUCCCAGGCACUCUUUGACACGGAGAUCUUGCUGGAACACCAGGAGUCUGUGCACCUGGGCCCCUUGGACACUUUCUGUGACACCCCACUCACUAUCAAAUUGCACGUGGACGGGAAGGUCUCGGGGGUGAAAGUCUACACCUUUGAUGAGCGGAUGGAGAUUGACGCGGCUCUCCUGACCUCUCAGCCCCACAGUCCCUUGUGCUCUGGCUGCAGGCCUGUGAAGUACCAGGUUCUCCGAGAGCCCCCGUUUGCCAGCGGCUUGCCAGUGGAAGUGACCCACCCUCGCAGGAAGUUCACGGACAUGGAAGUCACACCUGGGCAGAUGUAUCGGUACCAAGUUCAAGUUGAAGCUGGAGCAGAACUGGGAGAAGCUUCACCUCCUCUGAACCACAUCCAUGGAGCUCCUUACUGUGGAGACGGGAAGGUGGCAGAGAGCCUGGGAGAAGAGUGUGAUGAUGGAGACCUCCUGAGCGGAGAUGGCUGCUCUAGGGCGUGUGAGCUGGAGGAAGGCUUCAGAUGUGCAGGGGAGCCCAGCCUCUGCUACAUGUACGAGGGAGAUGGGAUGUGUGAGCCUUUUGAGAGGGAAACCAGCAUCGUGGACUGCGGCCUCCACACUCCCAAAGGACACCUGGAUCUGUGGGCCACCCAGGCUUACUCCUCUAACGAAGACAAGACCAAGUGUCCUGUUUCCUUGGUAACUGGAGAACCUCACUCCAUGGUUUGCACGCCAUACCAUCCAGAUUUACCCAACCACCAUCCCCUCGCUGGCUGGUUUCCCUGUGUUACCAGUGGAAACAGAACUCAGGAGGAAGAGAGUGAGCAGCCGGAAGGCAGCCUGCAGAGAGAGGAUGAGGUUUGGCUUAAAGUGUGUUUCAGUAGACCAGGAGUGGCCACAGCAAUUCUUAUUUUCUUGACGACCGAUGGCCUGGUCCCUGGGAAGCAUCAGAAGCCAACAGUGACCCUCUACCUGACUGAUGUCAGUGGAAGCAACCACUCUCUCGGAACCUAUGAACUGUCAUGCCAGCAAAAUCCACUGAUUAUCAAUGUGACCCAUCACCCGAAUAUCCUCUUCCCUCCUACCACCUCAGUGCUGCUGAACUUCUCAUCCCCACUGGUGGGCAUCUCAGCUGUGACUCUAAGGACACCCUCCGACAUCAGUCCUUCAGCUCCCAAUGACUGCAUCGCAGAGCACAAGGGGCAAAGUCAUCAGAAACACAGCUGUGUCCACCGGCCAUGUGGGGAGCGGGGCAGCUGUGCGCCAUUGCUGCUUGAUCACGCUGAUGUGGCGAACUGUACCUCUAGUGGCCCAGGUCACAUGAAGUGUGCUAUCACCUGUCAAAGGGGAUGUGCCCUUCAGACCAGCAGCGGGCAGUUCCUCAGGCCCGUGCAGAAGGAAAUUCUGCUCACGUGUUCUUCUGGGCACUGGGACCGGGAUGUGAGCUGCAUGCCCCUGGACUGUGGCGUUCCUGAUCCGUCUUUGGUGAACUAUGCCACCUUCUCCUGCUCGGAGGGAACUGGCUUUCUGAAACGCUGCUCCGUCUCCUGUGUCCCGCCAGCCAAGCUGCAAGGACUGAGCCCGUGGCUGACCUGCCUGGAGGACGGGCUGUGGUCUCUCCCCGAAGUCUACUGCAAGUUGGAGUGUGAUGUUCCCCCCGUCAUUCCAAACGCCAACUUGCUCCUGCCUCACUGCCUGCGGGGCAACCACGACGUGGGCACCGUCUGCAGAUACGAAUGCAAACCGGGCUACUACGUGGUGGAAAGCGCAGAGAGUAAAGUCAGGAACAAGUUCUUGAAGAUACAAUGCCUGGAAGGUGGAGUCUGGGAGCAGGGCAGCUGCACCCCUGUGGUGUGCGAGCCCCCUUCUCCUGUGUUUGAAGGCAUGUAUGAAUGUACCAAUGGCUUCAACCUGGACAGCCAGUGUGUGCUCAACUGUAACAAGGAAAGUGAAAAGCUUCCCAUCCUCUGCACUAAAGAGGGACUGUGGACCCGGGAGUUCAAGCUUUGUGAGAACCUGCAAGGGGAAUGCCCACCGCCCCCUUCAGAGCUGAAUUUAGUGGAAUACAAGUGUGAACAGGGACACGGGAUUGGUGCAGUGUGCUCCCCGUCGUGCAUAAUCCCCCCCAGUGACCCCGUGAUGCUGCCUGAGAACGUCACUGCAGACUCUCUGGAGCACUGGAUGGAGCCUGUCAAAGUCCAGAACAUCGUGUGCACAGGCCGGCGUCAGUGGCACCCAGAUCCCGCCCUGGUCCACUGCAUCCAGUCGUGUGAGCCUUUCCAAGCGGACGGCUGGUGUGACACUAUCAACAACCGGGCCUACUGCCACUACGAUGGGGGAGACUGCUGCUCUUCCACACUGUCCUCCAAGAAGGUCAUUCCAUUUGCUGCUGACUGUGACCUGGAUGAAUGCACCUGCCGAGACCCCAAGGCAGAAGAAAAUCAGUAACUGUGGGAUUAAGCCCCUCCCUCCACAGCCCAGAGGCAGAAAGAAAAAGGCCAACACAGCAGGAAACAGAGGGUGAAGGAAGAAGAAAGGUCAUGAAAUGGAGGAAGGAGCGAAAGCGUGAAGGAUCUCGUAGGAAACGCCAGAGGAUAUCGACAGGUCCGACUAGCGCAUCGCGUAGCCCAAGGAGGGAGGAUCCUAUGCAAAUCUUCUUUAAAGUGGCAGUUGAUUAGAGCGGAAGGAGAAAUACGAUGGAUGUAUAAGGACGCUCC